AUGAGACCCUAUGCUCCUAUGCAACCGAUUCCCGAUCCCUAUGGGUACGGCGGCGGUUACUAUCCAGGCGGUAGAUGGACUACACGAUACCCUUAUGGACCUGGACCUACUCUUCCUACCGUCCGUCCAGUUGUUCGAAAUCGCAAAGCGGAACGUGUUCUGGUGACUGUAAUUAGCAACUUGGACUACGAUCCAAAGUUGAAUGAUGCUCGUCUACAUGCAAGCAGAACUUGGGUAAUUUUUCUGGUAGAAAUAAAUUAUCAGAAAAAUUUUGAAAGAACUGUUCCAGCUCGAAAGUACACUCCAAUCCAUGGGCGUGAUGAAUAA